GCGCAUUCGGCGCAGACAGGGCUGGGCCGAAGCGAGCGCAGCGCAGGCAGCGGCGUCAGAGCGAGUGGAGCCUUAGGGGUCUCCCGGUUGGCGGCGGCGGCGGUGCAGAGAGGAAGGCAGCGGUUCUCCCCCUGCCUGCACGCGAUCCGGUCUGUCCUGCGAGCUCGCGCCGGGUCCCGCGGCGCGGCGCGGCCCGGCCCCGGUUCCGCGGCCCAGCGCGGCCCUGUUCGGUCCCGCGGCCCAGCCCCAGGCCCCGGGCCUCUCCGCAAUCACCGCAACCGCAGCAACCGCUGCCAUCGCCAUCGCCAUGGCCCGGCCACUGGUGCCCAGCUCGCAGAAGGCGCUGCUGCUGGAACUGAAGGAGCUGCAGGAGGAACCGGUGGAAGGCUUUCGGGUGACGCUUGUGGACGAGGGCGACCUGUACAACUGGGAGGUGGCCAUCUUCGGGCCCCCCAACACCUACUACGAGGGAGGCUACUUCAAGGCUCGCCUCAAGUUCCCCAUCGACUACCCGUACUCCCCACCAGCCUUUCGCUUCCUCACCAAGAUGUGGCACCCAAACAUCUACGAGACGGGGGACGUGUGCAUCUCCAUCCUCCACCCCCCAGUUGACGACCCACAGAGCGGAGAGCUGCCUUCAGAGCGGUGGAACCCCACACAGAAUGUCAGGACCAUCCUCCUGAGCGUGAUCUCCCUGCUGAAUGAGCCCAACACCUUCUCGCCUGCCAAUGUGGACGCCUCAGUGAUGUACCGGAAGUGGAAGGAGAGCAAGGGGAAGGACCGCGAGUACACCGACAUCAUCCGCAAGCAGGUCCUGGGGACCAAGGUAGACGCGGAGCGGGACGGCGUGAAGGUGCCCACCACGCUGGCCGAGUACUGUGUGAAGACCAAGGCGCCGGCGCCCGACGAGGGCUCAGACCUCUUCUACGACGACUACUAUGAGGACAGCGAAGUGGAGGAGGCCGACAGCUGCUUUGGGGAGGAAGAGGACGACUCUGGCACCGAGGAGUCUUGACCAGCUUCCCUGAAAUAAACUUUCAGAUUUUACUUAAAAAAAAAAAAAAGAAGUAUGUCACUGGGCAUGGACUUUGAAGUCUCAGAUGCUUAAGCCAGGUCCAGUUUCUCACUCUGCAUGCCACCACACUCCCUGCCAUGAUGAUAAUGGACUAAACUUUUGAAACUGCAAGUCAGCCCCAGUUAAAUGCUUUCCUUUAUAAGAGCUGUCAUGGUCGUGGUGUCUUCACAGCAAUAGAACACUGACUAAGAUGUGCGCUUCAUGUGUGUAGUGCCUGUAGAGACCAGAAAAGGGUGUCAGAUUUCCCGGAACCGGAGUUAUAGACAGUUGUGAACUACCACGUGGUUCCUGGGAAUUGAACCCUACUCCUCUGGAAGAGAGCAGCCAGUGUUCGUAACUGCUGAACCUACUCUUCAGACCUAUAGUCACAUUUAACCUGUGUUGUCUUUUGGGGCUUCAGUGAUAGCAGUCUUAACAAAUCAUUCAUCUGGUCUGCAAACUAGAGUGCCAACACCUACCAGAUCCAUAAAAAGCUUCUUUUGUCAACAGUGGUAGAUAUAAGUUCUUAAACUGUAAAUUUACUUGAAAAUGUUAAUUAAGCCAGGUGUGGUGGUACAUGUUUGCCUGGAAGCCCAGGUCUUGGGAGGCAGGAACAGGAGGGCAAAGAGUUCAAUUUCACUCUGAGGUAUGCAGAGCGUUAGAGGCCCACCUGUACUUUAUGAGAAUUUGUCAAGCACGCGCACGUGGGCACAGAGACAGGGAAAGACAGAAACUUGUAAGUGUAUUAUUGACAAUACUGUUGAUUUUUCCUUUUAAGUUAAUAAUUGGACUGGGCAUAGUGGCAUAUAUCUUUAAUUACAGCACUCAGGAGGCAGAGGUAGGAGGAUCUCGGUGAGUUUGAGACCAGCCUGGACUACAUAGAGAGUCCAGGACUGCCAGGGCUGCAUAGGGAGAUCCUGUAAAUUGCAUUAAAUUAGUUAUUGCUGUAUGUGUUUAUAUGGUAUGUUUUGGGAAUUGUGGGUUAAAGUGCACAUGUGUAGGCCAUAGUAAAACUUUGUCUUCUUUUCUUUAUGUGGGCUCUUGUAAUUUAAUUUAGGUCAUCAGGCUUGCACUUUGCCCAAAGCCAUCUCACCAGCCUGCUAACUUUUCCGGAGAGAAAAGCUUAUGUUAUGAUUGUAUUAUGCAUUAAUUCAAAAUGAACCCAAUGCAUUGAUAGAA